AUGUCUCAGAGCUCCACCCCUGAUGAUAAGCACGAGCGACUUCCUGCAUCUGCGAACAACAGCAACGUUCGCAGAGCAGCCAGUGAAACAGAGCCUCGCCCCAACGGAGGGCGGCAAGAUCGGCCUCAGAACAUGGGCACGACAACUGGACCGCCCAACUCCACUGUGAAGCGUCGAAGAACUAGCGUCGACGAGAGCGACUCGAAGAGAGCACGGCCAAAUAAUUUCGACCAUGAAACGCGGUACAAUCAACCUGCGCACCAUAACUCAGUUAGCAAACCCGCCACCGACUCUUAUCGUCCGGACUAUGUUCUCAGUCAUGGGGAGACACCCACAAACCAGUCUCAAAGCUUCGCAAUCAGCCACAAUCGGCCCAUCAGACAGCCGCUGGGCCGACGAGGUAGGUACGGCCCACCUCCAAGAUCGGGGCAGAACCCAUACAACCCGCCCUCGAGACUUGCACGGACUGAGGGAGACGAGAGCAUGAUGCCUCCACCUCCUCCGCAAGCCGCAAGGGCCAAUGGCGCCGCUGCUGGUCCUUCGAGAAGUAGACCGGUUACGGGUCACCAGGAGGAUUGGAAACUGAAGAAAGAUUCAGAUGAUUGGGCGCAUGGCGAUGUCUUCUGGGGCUCGCACAACGCCAUGGCAUACGACGUGAAAGCUGAUCCCGCUAAGAACAGCAAGUUCGUCCAAACUCCAACCGGCGUCGUGAGCUCCAAGCACCGCAUGUUCCUCUACUGGUUCUCGACAAAGGACGUAGGCAUGCAGAGCUUUGCAAUAGGCACCGGAACUGGAGGCGGUAUCGCAGGCCAGCCCCAGUGGAAGCGACGAUUCCUCAUCCCGCUCGUCGAGGAAGGAUCGGACAAGAUCCAAACGGAACAUCAUGCUUCGGUCGAGGUCAAGAUGAAGGAAGAAGAGAAAGGGACACUCGCGCCAGGAGCCUUUAUCGAUAUCUCGAAGUCGUGGCCGCAUGGCUUGUUCGAAAAGACGAGAAUGGUGGGGCGUGUCCCCGACUCGCAAGCUGAUCGCGUUAUAAGCGCUCACAGAGAGGUGAUCCGUAGAGGAGAGGUGUCUGCAAAGAGGCAGCUGAUCCAGAGGGAGGCGGACGAAAACCCGCGAGGAGCAGCACACCGACGGUAG